AUGGCGUCGAAGAGUAUUCCCGAGAGCAAGUUGAAGGCAUUUAGUAUAGGAGUCAAGAGGACUUUGUCCAAGAAGGAGUUAGAAGAGCUGAGGAAAAAGCAGGACGAAGAAGCUGCUGCUCAGGUAUUCGAAGAGUUCGUGGCGACCUUCCAGGAUGGCCCCAGCAAGUCAAGUAAAGUCUGGGUCAAAGCGGGGACAUUCAAUGCUGGUACACGAGCGGAAGACACAAAAGAAAAAGGGAAGCUGUAUAAACCGACUUCCAAGCUACCCGAUGCACCUCCAAAGAGGCAAGAGAGGUUGUUUGCUGAUUCCUCAGAUAAGUUCAAGACAGACCGUUUAGGGAAGAAAAGGGAACCAGGGAAGCGCAAGACAAAUUUGGAGCUUUUCAAAGAGGAACUGAAGAUAAUUCAAGAGGAGAGACAGGAACGGCACAGAUUGAAGAAGCACAUCCCAGGUGCAUCAGGCUCUUUGUCUGUGUCUUCUCAACCAAGUAGCAAUUCUAAUUCCGAUCCAGGAACUCCAGAAGCAAAACCUUCUGUUGGUUCUUUGGGAAUGAGCAUUGCAUUAGAUGACCCAAAGAUAGGAAGUGUGGGUUCAUAUGAUCUUGGAGAUCCAAGUACCACAAAUCUGUACUUGGGGAACUUACACACCAAAAUUUCAGAGAAGGAAUUGAUGGAACUGUUUGGAAAGUAUGGACCCCUUGCCAGUGUCAAAAUUAUGUGGCCUCGAACAGAUGAAGAGAAGCAACGUGGAAAGAUGUGUGGUUUUGUGGCAUUCAUGACUCGGAGAGAUGCUGAGAGAGCCCUCAAAGCUCUUAAUGGGAAGGAAGUGAUGGGCUUUGAGAUGAAACUAGGAUGGGGGAAAGGGAUUCCCAUCCCUCCCCAUCCUAUUUAUAUUCCUCCUGUAAUGUUGGAGCUCACGAUGCCUCCACCACCUUCAGGACUACCCUUCAAUGCUCAACCUGCCAAGCAGGACCUACACAAGUUGCCACCACCUGGCACGCCGUAUCCUACAGAUCCUGAGGGGCUGGAGGAGUUCACCGAGGAGAAUGGAGAGGAGAAAAAAUCCCCAGUUGCUAAGGAAUUGCUUUAUCUUCAGUCCCUAUUCUUACUUCUUCUUAAGCAUGACUAUUUAAACCCAGAAGCAGCAAGAAGUCUUCUGGCUCUGAUCCAUCGUAUGGUCGAGUUUGUCGUUCGAGAGGGUCCCAUGUUUGAGGCCAUGAUCAUGAACAAGGAACUUGGUAACCCCAUGUUCAGAUUCCUCUUUGACAACCAGAGUCCAGCUCAUGUGUACUAUCGAUGGAAGCUGUUCUCCAUUCUUCAAGGUGAUUCCACCAACAGAUGGCGAACGGAAGACUUCCGAAUGUUCCAAGAUGGAAGUGUUUGGAGACCUCCUCCCAUAAAUCCAUUUGCUAAUGGCAUGCCUGAUGAACUAGUCUCUUCAGAUGAAGAUGAAGAGAAGUCCCUAGAAGAAAAGAAUGAAAAGAUAUCUGUUCUGUCAAAGAAGGGCUCCCUUUCAAAUGCGCAAAGAGAUCGGUUGGAAGACAUGUUACGUGGCCUCACACCAGAGCGAAUCCCUAUUGGAGAAGCCAUGGUCUUCUGUGUUGAGCAUGCAGAUGCUGCUGAGGAAAUCUGUGAUUGCAUUACUGAGUCCUUGUCCAUUAUGGAGACCCCAUUACCCAAGAAGAUUGCCCGGCUGUACCUCGUUUCUGAUAUAUUGCAUAAUUGCACUGUAAAAGUUGCAAAUGCAUCAUUCUUUCGUAAAGGGUUUGAAGGAAGACUGGAAGAAAUCUUCAGCCAGCUGCGUGAUAAGUACAAAUCGGUGGAAAGCCGCUUGAAGGCAGAAGCAUUCAAGGCCAAGGUCUUGCAGGUCUUCCGGGCAUGGGAAGGCUGGGCUCUCUAUCCUGUUGAUAUCCUGAUCAAACUCCAAAAUCUUUUUCUGGGCAUUGCAGGAACGGAAACUGUGCAAAUUCAUGAGUUAGAUGGAGCACCUUUGGAGGCUGAAGACAAUGAUGAUUUGGAUGGUGUUCCAUUGGACGGCUUGGCUCUUUUAAAGGCUGCAGCUGCUGCCAAGGUCAAGACUUUCACGGAUGAUAUUGAUGGAGUUCCAUUGAAUGAUGAAGAGGAAAGAAAGGAACCCAUCAAAUAUGCACCAUCAAAAUGGGAGACAGUGGAUCCAGAAGAUGUUGCUGCACAGGCCAUGACUACCUCAAAAUGGGACUUGCUGGAGCAAGAAGAAUUGAAGAAGAAGCAGGAAAAUGAAGAUAUCGAUGGAGUACCCAUGGAUGCCACCAGUCGUACGCACGAUGAAGACUCUUCUUCCCAGUAUGAUUCACCUGCACAAAGGGAUCGGGAAGGAGGAGAGGAGCGGAGGGCCCGCUUGCGGGAAAUUGAAUUGAAAGUCAUUCAAUAUCAGGAUGAAUUGGAAAGUGGGCAGAGGUCAUUGAAAGAACGCUCUAUUGCAGAGCAAGUGGAACAGUAUAGACAAAAGCUACUACGAAAGAUGGAGAAGGAAUUGGCUAGUUCAAGUGAGAGAGAGGAAGGGAGUAGAAGUCGGAGGAGUCGAGGCUCGGAAUAUUCACCUGACGAUACGGGUCGUCGCUCGAAACACCGAUCCAAGAGCCGAUCGCGAUCGCCUGGGACCCGGAAGCGAUCCCAUCACCGUAGCAGGUCGCGUUCCCCAUCCCGAUCUCCAAAGCGGAAACACAAGAAGAAGCGUUACUGAUGUGACAUCGCCGUCCUCAUACCACUUUCCUUCAUUGUACGGUGUUUGUCUACUUCCUAGUUCUCGUGUUUUUGUCUUUUCCUGUUUCUUGGUUGCAUUCACCCUCUGUUGUCAUCAGUCAUCUCAUGCUUUUGUUGAAUCAUGAAUGAAAUGAACCCCUUUUACAA